GUUGUGUGCUUAGGUUAAAAAGAUAAGCAUCGUUAAUUAUUUCAGUUGUAAUAGUUCAGAAAUUAUCUGCUUGUUGUUGACUAACUAUUUAUUAGCAACAGUCAAAAGUAGCAUACAGGUCGAGGUCCACUGUUAGAUUAAAGCUUAACUGCCUAAUCAUAAAUAUGUUUCUCCAGUCACGUAACUUCAAUAUAUACCACGUUACUUUCUGUGUUUUAAGACGUUAUUGUCGAUGUAGCUUGGGGCAGAACCCCCUUUUUAUUUUUUUUUGUUGUGGACACCGUUGGCUUCUCUCUUGAAUUUUGUACAGCGCUGAUGAUGUCAAGCGCGCCAUUAUCUGAACGCUCCCGCCGAUUGACUCGUCGGUUGAAUUUAAUAGCUGAGCGAACGCUGGGGCUUUGUGGGGUUUGCCACAAGUUGCUAAGUAGCUAACUAGGUGCCCCUGAGUUACCGUCGCGUAUUACAGUAUGUAAGUUGAACCAGAGUGAGUCAUUCAUGUAACGGUAGCGCUAUAUUUCAGUGGAAGGCUAUUGGAAAUGUCAUACGUCGCGCUGAACCUGAUGUAAACAGCUUGGCUGUAGGCUUUGUCUGAGGAGGGCUGUGGUUUGAGAGAAUAAGCACUUCAACCUUACGGUAACACGCUGUAGUUCAGACCUGAUUUUCAGCUCAACAGCUAACAAUGAAGAAAGAAAUUGCAGCUGUGGUGUUUUUCUUAAAGCGGUUGAUCAAGAAGGCUGAGAAGUUGGAUGCAGAGAAAGUGGAUCUGUUUGUGGAGAGGCUGACUGUGGCUCUUCAGGAGAAGUUCAGAGGUCACUGGUAUCCUGACAACCCUAGCAAAGGCCAGGCCUUCAGGUGUAUCAGAGUGAACAGGUUCCAUAAAGAGGAUCCUGAACUACUUCGGGCCUGUGCUGAGAGUGGGGUGCAGUAUAAGGAUCUUGGCCUUCCCAAAGAGCUCACAUUGUGGGUAGACCCAGGAGAGGUGUGCUGCAGAUAUGGUGAGAAGAACCUUGCCUUCACGGUGGCCAGUUUUUCAAGUGACGAUGACGAUGAUGAUAAGGAGGAUGUGACAAAGAAGGUGACGAGUGCUGUAGAGAGAGUGACAUCAGAUUAUCAUUCAGGAUCUUCUUCAGAUGAGGACAGUGGCUGCAGGGAGCCCAGAUUCACCAAAUGUUUCCCUCAUAAUCAGCCUCCAUUCCAGCUCAUCUUUCCUGGUGCUCCCUUGUGGCACCCUGCCUCCAAGAAGAAGCUUGGUCCAGGGAAAGGACAUGGACCUCCACGACCGGCCUACCUGUUCCGCCCCCAUGGGAGACACAACCACUCCUUCAAACCAAACGGCUGGGUACCGAAUAGUUACAGAAACAAACAUGGAUACUGGGCCAAUGCUCCUAAUUUGGUGCCCCAACUUUAGUAACUACUGUAGCACUGUUAGUUCAUGGCUGUGAGAGGGAGAAGGUUUCUGAAAAUACCACUAAGAUGACUGACCAAAUUUUUUAAGUAUUUUUGUAGUUCGACUGUCACUUUUUUUGAAUCUGUGACUCGUGUAUUUUUUAAGGAAACAUAACAAUAACUCUUUGCACUUUAGAGGAUUUGUAAUCGUGUUUAUAACGUAAUCUUUGUAUGUAUUUGUUUAGGAAUAUUUGGAGUAUUUGAAAUUUUUAUAGGAGUCAUGUACUGUAUUUAUGUUAAAUGGGAUCAUUAUAAUUCGCUGAUACUUUAGCCUAGUGUUCGUGAGUUCUGUUUCAAUGACCAAAUGUUUUAUUUAUUCACAAUUAAGUAUUAUGUAUUGCUCAGACCACUUAAAUUAUGGAUUACAUUAAAACACAAUUUCUAAUCAAA